UGAUGAUAUAACCUUGAAUUAUUGGCAUUCAAUGACAUCUUCGCAGAAAGAAAGGUCUUUCAGGUGGACUUUACUUAAAUGAAAAUGUACGCCCUCACGACCUUUUUUCUCGUCAAGUUUCUUGUUGCCUGCUAUGCUAACCCAUUGCCAGCGGAAGUCAGAGCGAAGCGACAAUUAACUACAGUAGAGCCACCGGACUCUACACUACCAAUAUGCCUUCUAGACACGUUUGAAAGCUGCGAAGCAUAUCGGGUUUUGGGUCUCUGUGGGCCUGACAGCUUUUUACGUAGUUUUAUGGUCGUAAACUGCAAUGCAACAUGUCAAAAUUGUAUUCCCACAACGACCAUGCCCACCACAACCAAAGCACCAACGACUAAGGCUACCACGACCAUGGCCCCAACGACAGAACCUACCACGACAAAGGCACCAACGACAGAGGCCACCACGACCAUGGCACCAAUAACGGAGGUUACCACGACCAUGGUACCCACGACUGAAGCUACAACGACCAUGGCACCAACGACAGAAGCUACCACGACAAUGGCACCAACGACUGAGGCCACCACAACUAUGGCAUCGACGACCGAAGCGAUCACAACCAUGGCACCAAUAACGGAGGCUACCACGACCGUGGUAGUUGCAGCAGUAUGCCUUCCAGACACGUUUGAAAGCUGCGAAGCAUAUCGGGUUUUGGGUCUCUGUGGGCCUGACAGCUUUUUACGUAAUUUUAUGGUCGUAAACUGCAACGCAACAUGUCAAAAUUGUAUUCCCACAACAACCAUGCCGCCAACAACUGAGUCCACUACGACCAGAGCGCCAACGACCGACGCUACCACAACCAUGGCACCAACGACUGAGGCUACCACGACCAUGGCACCAACGACUGAGGCCACUACAACCAUGGCACCAACGACAGAAGCUACUACGACCAUGAAACCGACAACUGAAGCUACCACAACCAUGGCACCAACGACUGAGGCUACCACGACCAUGGCACCAACGGCUGAGGCCACUACGACCAUGGCACCAACGACAGAAGCUACUACGACUAUGGAACCGACAACUGAAGCUACCACAACCAUGGCACCAACGACUGAGGCUACCACGACCAUGGCACCAACAACUGAGGCCACCAUGACCGUGGCACCGACGACAGAAGCUACCACGACCAUGGCACCGACGACAGAAGCUACCACGACUAUGGCACCGACAACUGAAGCUACCACAACCAUGGCACCAACGACUGAGGCUACCACGACCAUGGCACCAACGACCGAGGCUACCACGACCAUGGCACCAACGACUGAGGCCGCCACAACCAUGGCACCAACGACGGAAGUUACCACAACCAUGGAACCAACGACCGAAGCAACCACAACCAUGGCGCCAACAACGGAGGCUACCACGACCAUGGCACCAACAACAAAAGCUACCACGACAAUGGCACCAACGACUGAAGCCACCACGACCAUGGCAUCGACGACUGAGAUCACCACGACAAUGGAACAAACCACAGAGGCGACCACGACCAUGAUACCCUCGACCCAAACUACGACAGCUCUCCCUUCAGUUGUAGCAGAUGCCUGUCUGCAAGCUCAUAAUGACAAGCGUGCUCUUCACGGGGCAGCACCGCUGGUCUGGAAUUCUACGCUGGCUCAACACGCGCAGGAAUGGGCAGAAUACUUGCGUUCAAAUAAUUCUUUUGAGCACGCACAGGAUAUUAACGAAGGGGAAAAUCUGUACUGGAGGGCAGGACAAGUUCAAGCUACAUGUGGAGAUGCUGUGGAAUCAUGGUACAGUGAGGUGGACCUCUAUGACUUUCAGAACCCACCAAUAACGCCCCAGGAAUUUUUCGACCAGGGAGCUGGUCACUUCACACAGGUUGUUUGGAAUGGGACCACAAGUGUUGGAGCGGGUCUUGCCACAACAGGACCAGAUAUGUCGGGCCAAAUUCAAACCUAUAUAGUGGCUCGUUAUUAUCCACAGGGAAACAUCCUUGGACAAUUUAGUGAGAAUGUNUACAAUGAGAGGCAAAUAUAA